AUGUCAACGUAUAUAUUACCCAAUAGUGAUUCAGAUUCUCCACAAUAUUUAUCAAAUCCUGAAGAGCUAUCGCCAACGGACUCACAACAAACAAUGGAUUAUCCACAUUCUCCAGCGGGACAAUUAAUGGAUUUAAGUAAUUCUGGUGGUGGUCCGAACAAACUCAUUUACAUACCGGGUAAAUAUGAAUCAGAAAAUUAUCAUCACAUACAAAAUGACUUUAACGGGGAAACCGAUCAUCAAUAUAACGACUUAAAAUACUUUCAAAAUAAUUAUAAAUUAAAUUAUCAAUAUGAUGAUAUCGAUCCAAAUUAUCAAUUAUCAAACCCACAACCCGUGAUUCAUCAACAAUACGAUCAUGAGGAAUCAUCACCAAGGUACAUAAAACAGGAAUACGUACAAAUGGAUACAAAUGAAAUUGUAUGCAAUAAUAACAUACAGAAAACGUCACAAAAACCAGGUGGUCCUGGUGGACGUAAACGAAAAAAUAUUUCAUUCGAGUCAGACGAAGAUAGUUCAACUUCGUCGUGUACGACAACAACAGCGCGUGGUACGAAAUCACGUCGAAAAUCACCACAAACCUUUGAAGAUUUACAAACGCAACGUGUUAUUGCAAAUGUGCGUGAACGACAACGUACACAAAGUUUAAAUGAAGCUUUUGCAAGUUUACGGAAAAUUAUACCGACUUUACCAUCUGAUAAAUUAUCGAAAAUACAAACAUUAAAAUUAGCUGCGCGAUAUAUUGAUUUUUUAUAUCAUAUUUUAUCAUCAUCAAAUGGUGUUAACGAACAAAAUGGCGGUGGAACUAAUGAAACUGAUAUUUUAGGUAAUGCUUGUAGUUAUAUGGCUCAUGAAAAAUUAAGUUAUGCAUUCACUAGGUGGCGAAUGGAAGGUGAUUGGAGUUCACAUUAAACUUCUAUUUGUUCUUGUUCUUAAUAACUUUCAUUCCAUAUACAAAUACCAGUGCCUGUAAUUCAAACUUUUCGGAUUGCCGAGUGCGUGCUUAAAUAUUUGAUUGAAU